ACUAAAAUGGACACCUUUCUCUUCUCUUUCGGUGACACAUCAUCCCAUGCCACGUCAUCAAAAAUAUUCCUCUUCAAUCUCCGUCGUCCUCCAUGAAAAAUCGCAACUAACACUGUCCUCCUCACGCCGUAGACGGUUAGCUUUGGACUCAGCAACUUCACCUUAUAAAAAUCCUUUCGUUUCACCUUCACUCGCAGGAUUGGAAGCUCUGAGAUGAGAAUGUUCGAGAAAAUCACUUUCUUCUGUGUGUUGCUUCUUCUCUCUUUUGUCGCGAUAUCUCGCGCGAGAUUUCCCGACGACCGGGGCCCUUUUCUGAGAUCGACUUUUCCCUCUGUUAAUGCCGAGAAGUUGAUUCGGGAGCUUAACCUCUUCCCGGAGAAGGAUGUCAACAUAGUACGCGACGGCGAUGCUUCUCUUCGUGACGGGAGGAAGAGGAUCGUUGAGAAGCGGUUUAGGUUUCCGAAUGUGGUUGAAGAAGAGUAUGUUGGAGUCUCUGUGGAGGAUUUGGGCCACCAUGCCGGUUAUUAUAAGAUUGCGAGCUCUCACGCCGCGAGGAUGUUCUAUUUCUUCUUUGAAUCACGCAACAGCAAGAAGGACCCUGUUGUUAUUUGGUUGACUGGAGGACCAGGGUGCAGCAGUGAGUUGGCUAUGUUUUAUGAAAAUGGUCCUUUCAAUAUUGCAGACAACAUGUCUCUCGUGUGGAAUCCAUAUGGUUGGGACCAGGCAUCAAAUCUUUUAUACGUUGACCAACCUAUUGGGACUGGAUUCAGUUAUAGUUCUGAUAUACGUGACAUUCGUCACAAUGAGCAGGGAGUUAGUAAUGACCUAUAUGACUUCAUACAGGCCUUCUUUUCAGAGCAUCCUGAAUUUGCCAAUAACGACUUCUACAUAACUGGUGAAUCAUAUGCUGGCCACUACAUUCCGGCUUUUGCUGCUCGAGUUCACAAAGGAAACAAAGCUAAAGAAGGGAUUCCUAUAAACCUCAAGGGAUUUGCCAUUGGCAAUGGGCUUACUGAUCCUGCAAUCCAGUAUGGAGCAUAUACUGAUUAUGCAUUGGAGAUGGAUUUAAUUAAAAAAUCUGACUAUGAUCGCAUCAACAGGGUGCUUCCAGUAUGUGAAUUGGCAAUCAAGCUUUGUGGCACAGAUGGCACAGUCUCAUGCAUGGCCUCUUAUUUUGUUUGCAAUGGUAUAUUCAGUGGCAUCUUGUCACGUGCUGGUAAUAUAAAUUACUAUGAUAUCAGAAAGAAAUGUGAGGGACGCCUCUGCUAUGACUUCUCCAAUUUGGAGAAAUUUCUGAACCAGAAAUCAGUUAGGGAGGCCCUUGGUGUUGGGGAUAUAAGCUUUGUGUCAUGUAGCCCUACAGUUUAUCAGGCCCUGCUGAUGGACUGGAUGAGGAAUCUUGAACCAGGCAUUCCUGCUCUCCUUGAGGAUGGAAUCAAGAUGCUUGUGUAUGCUGGAGAAUAUGAUCUCAUAUGCAACUGGCUCGGAAAUUCAAGAUGGGUUCAUGCUAUGGAAUGGUCUGGUCAGAAAGAUUUUGUGGCCUCCCCUGAAGUUCCUUUUGAAGUUGAUGGUUCUGAAUCUGGAGUAUUAAAAAGCCAUGGGCCUCUGGCUUUCCUCAAGGUUCACGAUGCAGGACACAUGGUUCCAAUGGACCAGCCUAAGGCUUCGUUAAAGAUGCUGAAAAGAUGGACUCGAGGGGAACUGUCUGAAUCUGAGGCCAAAGCUGAUCCGAAAAAGCUGGUUUCUGAGAUGUGAUGAGUUGUUAUUUGGCAUUUAAAGGCUAUCUUUUUUAUGUGGUUUUCUUGGAUUUCCAUUGUGAUUGUAAAUAUUUGCAGCUGGUUAAAACCUACUUCUAGAUGAUGAUCUGCUUCUGGAUAAGAAGAUUCACAAACGCUUAAAUCAAAGAGAACUGUUUUUUGGCCA